AGUCUUUGUCAAUUAUGACAUAUCAAUCAUGUUAUAUUUUUUUUGAUUCCUUCAAAUAUAACAAGUCUCGAUGAAUAUGAAGAGAGAUAAUCAUUCAGCUUUGAGUCUACUUGAAGAGAAGGAAUUGAAAAGUUUAGUUCAAACAGAGGUUCCGAUAGCGAUCGACGAAGAUCGAAAUGUUAUAGAAGAUAUCGAAAUACUUCCACCAGUGAUGAUUUUCGUUGAUGCUUAUGAGGGAAAGGAGUUUUAUAAACGACUUACAUUGAGGAACAUAGGUAGUAGAACUGCCUCUGUAAGAAUUGGUGCCCCAACUGCAAAUACAUUCAGACUCAAGCCGAUGAAGAGAGUCUACCGUCUACCAGCCGGCCUAUCUCUGUCAAGAAUGAUUAAAAUGAAGUAUUCCAGAGCUUUCGCAGUACAUGACGCCCAAAUUUUCAUCUAUAUUAAUUCCUCCGUAGUUCUGUACCCUCUAACCAUCUUCCUAAAUCAAGCAAAAAUAGUUGUUGAACCAACGGAGGUAAACUUUGGAAGAAUAGAUGCAGUGAGUAGCGUAGUAGCUAAAAAAGUCGUUGUCAGAAAUGAUGGAACCAAGAAUACAGCUUUUUGCAUCGAUCUUGGAAGAAAUGAGUUGGAGCUUAUUGUAGAACCUACCAGAGGCGUUUUACAGGCAAGCGAAUCAGUCACAUUCAAAUUGGAAGUAAUGGGUUUUCACGAAGGGCCAUUCGAGAAAGAAUUCUGGAUCAAAACUGCCCCACCGAAACGUGUAACUGUUGUAGGGGAGUUCAUAACGCCCAGGAUUAUAUCUACGUAUCCUAAAGCAUACGCAGACUUCAGCAUGGUCAUAUUUCCGAGAAUAUACGUUGGACAAACUACUACGAAAACACUGAUGGUAAAGAAUAUUAGUUCUUGCGAUGCAAUGUUUUGUAUCAAGGGAAUUAAUAAGAAGAAACACGUGCUAUAUCAGGAAGCCGCCCAGGAUAAUGUACACUUUAGAUCUUUUCGCAUUCAUCCAUUGGAGGGGAGAAUCGGAUCCCAACAAACUACAGUUGUGGAAAUAACCUAUGAUCCAUUACCUACCUCUGAAAACCAUGCAGUGUGUUUUAUACAAGUUAUAAGAGUCGAUUGUACGGACGUCGACGAUUCAGUUGUUAUGAGAGUAAACGAAACUCCUGAGCCAUCAGCUGUUUCUCAAGACAGAAGUAGGAGCUCCUUGAUGACCAUAACCACAACCAUUCCACAAGCUCCUCACGAAGAGGACGAGGAAGCAGAGAACGCCAGGAUCGAGAACUUGGUUACUGAAGAGAAAAUAUCAUCUUGUGAAUCCUUCAGAGUUUGCUUAUAUGGCGACAAAGAGUCCGCUGUGGUCAAACUGAGGCCAGAACAUAUAUAUUUGAAUCAGAUCCAAGUCAACGAGCUGUACCUGAGAGAAGUCUCAUUCGAGAACUGUUCCACCUACUUGCCGAUUAACAUAGUCUACAACAAGGUGGCCUUCAUAGACGUACAGCCACCGAAGAUAUUCUUGAAACCGAAGGAAAAAAGAGAGGUUAUUCUCAAGAUCCAAUCGAAGAAAGCUGGUUAUUACUGUGGAAAUGCCAAUUUCGAUUUAGUCGUGUACGAGAGCUACGACAUCUUGCACAAGAAACAGAAGGUGGUCGUUGGCUGUCUAAAGAUGAAAAUCUCUUUCACAGGAGUUCUAGAAAAGAAGAUUCCUAAGACAAAGUUUGUUACCACACUCACGCCAGACAACCUGAAUGAAGUAGGGUUCAUGACCCACAAUAUCAAAUUCAACACCAAGGUUGUGAAGAUGAAAUCUGCUGUUAUUCGUGAAGAUGAGGAGAUCUUUAGAGAGGAUGACAGUGAUUUGAUCGCUUUUCCAAACGAUAGACCCCAAUCGCUAAGGCCUUGGAGAGAAGAAAAGCCAAUCAAAACCAUUUUUGCGAAGAUACCAAGAAACAUCUCAACUCACGACGAAUAUAGUUAUCCUUUGGAAACCCUGUUGUUCAAAAAAGAUAACAGAGAUUAUUACAUCAAAUAUUUGAGGAAAGAACAGAAAAAGGCAGGGAUAGAUAUAACGAAAAAAUCCCAGGAUUACGUUGUCACUAGAAAAUGGAUGUUUGAACAAUAUUUAUGUGAAAUGCCCGAUCAGAAAGAGCUCAAGGUUAAAAUGACAGGGUUUGUACCACUAUCACCAAUCUUACUCCAUAAUAUAAAGAUAAGUCCUAGAUACAUCCGCCUCCAAAGGAUAGCGCCUAUAAGCAACGUAGAGCACCAAUUCACAAUUUUCAACGACAACCCGUUUCCCCUAUUUAUCUAUGUGACCUCUGUCAAGACCGGUAUCUACUUUCCACAGGGCCACUGCAAAAUAGUAAACCCUCACGAGGUGAAAGUGAUGACUCUCACCUGUUUCGCAGGUCUCGUAGGCAGGUACAUCAAUCUCAUCCAAGUCAUCGUUAAUUUCUGCCAUUUGUAUACCAUAAGCGUUAUGGUGGAGGUGGUGCCUAAGAUGAUCAACUUGGACGAAAACGUUCUGAACUUCGAACCGGAAAGAAGCGGUAACAUCAAGUACAUCCAGCUGCAAAAUCAUCUGAACUCAUCCAUUUCUUUCUCAACGGAAAUGUCCAUGUCUAGAUUCACCAUACAACCGCCCUCCGGUACCAUACUUCAGAAGAGAACACUGAUGUGUUCUGUACAGUACAACAAUCAACCGGAGAUGCCAGAUUAUUGCGAAUUAGUGUUGACUUCGGAGGGUGGUGGAUCACAGAUAUUACAGAUAUCUCGGAGAAAGGAGAAGCCCACAAUAGAUAUUAACCCUCCACGUCUAGUAUUGCCUAAUCUCCCGUUGAACAUUGUAACAAAACACACUGUACGGGUGAGGAACAUGAUGAAUUACGACAUAUGCUACAUAGUGGUAGAUCCUUCCCCUGCACAAGGUGUUGAAAUUUUUCCAUACGAGGGCGUCAUCCUGGCCUCGGCUGAAAUUGAGAUGGUUCUCACUAUAUUGAUCGAUUAUACUGAGAAUUUCAACACGAAGUUCGAAUUGGUAUUCGAAGAUCAGUUUAAAGUUGCAUUGCCAGUUGAAGGACACGUGGUGGUACCAACGAUCGAUAUAAAACCUGAGAGCAUUGUCAAUCGUCAACUCAUUCCAUUCGCGUACCGAAGAAACAUAUUUUACGUCAAAAAUGAGUCGAUGUGCGAAUGCGUGGUCAGGUUCGAUCUAGAUCAGUACGAAUAUUUUCGAGUAACGGAAACCGAGAGCGAUAUGGACUUCACCAUACACAACACGAAUCUGAAAUUGCUACCGGGUGAAGUAAAACAGCUGUUUCUUCACUUCGUGCCUAUGGACGCAAUCACUGAGAGCUUUUACAUGCCACUUAUAGUCAAUGAUAUGAUAGGACCACCCUUCAUGAGCAACAUGGAAUCUAUGCGUUUUAAGUUGCAGGAGAAGGACUCCAGUACCGAAAUAAAAUUACCUUGUUUGAAAGUCACGAGCAUAUGUAGCACAACUAGUCUUCAUUUUUCCACAUUGAAACUAAGCUUUACUUACGAUCUUGCCAGUUCGAACACGGAGCAGUUGACCAAGUUCUUCACGGCAAAGAAUCUGGGAAACGAAACGGUUGAGUUUUGCAUAAAGAUCGAUAAGAUGAUAUCUCAGUUUUUCCUGGAGUACCACAGUGGGGUCGACAUCCAAGAGACCAGCUCUGCUCUGGUUUGCAAACUUAGACCGCAGGAGUCGACCAUAUUCUUAGUCAAGUUCCAGCCAAGUGUUCCAGGAAAAUUCAUCAAUAAUUUACCAAUUUAUGUGAGGAAUUAUUUGGACGGUUGCAUCUUCAAUUAUUUAAGAUUGAUAGGCACUUACGAGCAGCCGUUGAUGACCACGGAUCAUAGCACGUACUAUUUGGGAUGUACCCCAGUGGGUUUCAAGAGUGCUGUUAUGCUCGAUAUAAACAUGUCGUAUCAUGAUAAGAACUGUCAAGUGAGCUUUGAUUUACCACCUCCAGAGUUGACCAUAACGCUCAGGGAAAGGGCCAGUCGGAAGUACAGAAAUACCACCAAGAUAAAGAUCCUCUUUGUAUCAUCUCAGCCUAUCAGUAUCUUCGAAGAUUUGAACUUUCAAUGUUCUUGUGGAGCAACCUGCAAAAUAAAGAUGGUUUGCUACUGUGAUAAGUCCUUCCUCAGUCAUUUUGCCUUUUUCACGAACCACAAAAAUUUCUUCAGAGAAAAUCUGGUUUUACCUGCAAAGAACUUUGAGUUUACGAGUACCGCUUUGAGAGCCUCACAAGUAUCGGCGGAAGGAAGUACCAACGUUAAUUUCAUAAAACGCUUAGAUCUGGGAGAUUAUCCGGAGAACGAGAAUUUUUUUAAUUUUCCCUUUUUCCCCUUAGAAGUUGACGAGGAGAAUGACUAUGAAUAUCACGACGAUCUCAGAAAAACUCUAGUCUUCGUCGAAAGAUGGAUAUACUCUCAGGGGUUCUAUCAAACACACUACUUUCAGAUACCAUACACUAUAGCCUUGGCACCGAUAAUCAAGGGCAAAGAAGUCAAGAAAGAUACCCUAAUAGAACCCAUAAUCCUGACGUUUCUGGUGGAGUUAGGUGGAGAGCAAGUUAGGGAAGCUUCUAUCUCGAGUAAGGUGAACGUCUUCAACGACAAGAAUAUCGCUCUUCACUUCAUGACCACCUAUAUAAACAUGAUAAAAUAUUUGGAGAGCCAAGGAGCCCUUAUGCCUCACGUUCUUCCAGAAUUUCUCCUGAGCUAUGAAUACUAUGAAAUAAUUUACAACUACUGUCCCCAUCUCCUUAACAUCAAGGGUCACUUCUCCAAAGGAAGUUUCCACGCUUAUAGCGCUAGAUGCUAUCUGGAUCUAAUACUGCAAAGCAUAAAGAUUUUUAUAUUGAGUCGUUUGAAGAUGUUCGAUAUAGAAGUACUACAACAGACUACUGAGGAGGAACAUUCAGAAGAUAGACUUUCUGCUGUCUCUACUUUAACACCCGUUUCUUGUCAAAUCAUAAUAUUGAGACCAAACAGCAGCAUUUAUUCUUCUUACGAGCAUAUCCUUCUCUACUGGCUGCAGUAUCAGUACGACCAGCAGAAGCAUAGAUUGUGGAAGUCGCUAUUGAGCGAUGGUAUCGAACAUUUUCCCCAAAAAGAGAUCAAACUUUUCGACGAAAAUUUGAAUGACAGUAUGGUUUUUGCUUGUGUGACCCACGCUUACUGCCCUUAUAUAUCUCACGCCCUUGUGGACAUGUACGUUCCUCCUUGUUCAUUCGAGGAGUAUCACCAUAACGCUUGCACUCUAAUCAAGGCGUGGAAUUUCCUCAAACUCAGCUUCACAGUUGAGCCAGACGAUAUCGUGAACCCAAACGGAAUUAAUAUGUUUCUUCUCACUAUGUAUCUUUACGAGAUCCUGCCCAGCUUCUUUCCCAAGGAAGUGUUGACUCUCGAAGCCAAGCUCACUCAAGAAUCCAAGGCCAGCAUAAACCUCACUAAUUUCUCUGAUCAUCCGAUUCUUUAUGCGGUGACGUUUUUUAGCAACGAUUCCGGAUCGUUCACAGCAGAAAGCGAAGUAUUCAAGCUGCAGCCGAAGAAAGUGGGAACCAUGAACAUCAAAUACCAAGCCAAAAAGAUUUCCUCCCAAAGAGCCAUCCUGGUACUAUCUGGUGAAAUGCCGGGACAGAAAUACGGUAGAAGCAGGGCGAUAUAUCUAAACGGUAUGACGGAUUUGAACUACUCGGUAAAAAUGGUGGAAUUUAAGUGCGAAUGUUACAAGAUCGAAAAGAUGAAGAUACAUCUGCGUAGUCCUUAUAACGUAUCAGACACAUACGAAAUUUUUUUCGCUACCAGUUACGACGGCAGAAACGAACAUGAAGAAAUAGAACUACGCAGUUGGAAAGAAUAUGUUUUAGGUAAAGUUCCCAAGAGGAUAUUUUCCAAAGAGUACCAGUUUACAAUCACAAACCCAGAAGAAGGGUUCGUGUUCGAACCCAUAAUCUGUUGUCAAAUGCUAGCUAUCAAAACAUUUAAAAUGUUCAUGGUGGGACAACAUGGAGAUUGGUGUUUCGAGAUAAGGACCAUACCAAAGAUGUCUAAACCGAACCACGAAGUCAUCAACGUAUCUUUACCGCGUGGGUUCAAUUCUCAAACUUGUUCUUGUAGAGAGAAUAGCUCGGAUAUACCUCUCAUUUGUCCUAAAACAAUCCACAUAAAUAUACCGGCUAAGAACAACCUCUACUUCAAGUCACUGAGGGAGAUGUUCAUCACCUGCGCCGAUGAACAGUUUCUAGCUUUUUGGAGAAAAUACCUACCAACAAGGACAGUUCUGAACAUCCUCAAACUGCUCUAUAGGUCUUCAGAGCUCUUCUCAGAAUCCAGUAUUGAACUGAAAGACUUCUGCACCGGGUAUCGAUUGUACAAUAUCUACACUGAGGCCAAUUCUCCUUUCACUGCUCAGAAAGAAAUAGCAAUAGAUGAUAUUACUUCGGACAAAAAUGUUGAAAUUCUCAUACAUGCAAAUCCAGACUCCGUCAUAUCGACCGGAAGUUAUUAUCUAGAGCUUGAAACUACUUCAAUGAUUUGGAAAAGAUAUUAUAAGCUGAAUUUUUACGAAUCUUAAUAAAAGUAAUUGUCCUGCA